GAGGAGUACUAUGCUGUACUGUUGUAGACUGUUUUAAGAGCGCAUUUGUUACUGUAGGCGGCCGAGUCCGGUGGUGCUCUAUGGUGCUCUAGACAGGAAGACGAGGCUGUGUAAGGAGAUGUGCGGUGCAGUGUCAGCGUCCAGAAUGUGGAGUUGGGCCUUGGAGAAGGGGGUACACGACAGUGCAGCGAGUGUUGGAGCGAAUCACUAUUUUGCCGUGAAUGCUUAAGUGGGCGGUCGUGGGAGAGCACGAGGGCAGUUUGCGCAAGCGCGUGAUGCAGAUGAGACAAAAAGGAAACGCAGAUGGAGAUGAUAUAUGGAGAGUUCAACGGCGGGGAGAGGAUGUUUCGUGGCUGUUGGGUUCACGAGUGCAGCAACGGUGCAGGAACUGCGCGGCAGUAACAGCACAGCAGCAGAAACAACAGGAGUAGAGUAUCACCGGUCAAAGAAUCAGUGGAUGCCUCGCGCAGUUUGGGCAGUCGCAACCCCCCCGACUGAUUGAUCGUCUCGCCAAAGGUCGAUCUGCAGCUGAAAUGCAGCUGAGCGUCAAGAUGCUCUAGCUCGACGUGCGGGGGAUGCAGCGCCAACCAAAUGCGUCCCAUUUGACUCCCAUCACAUGAGACGAUCGGGUAGGAACUCUCGCGAGGUUGGGGUUGCCUUUUGGCGCCUCCGUAACGCUGCUUACCACCCACGCUUCGCCAAUUAUAUGGCGAUUCCAGCUGUGUGGAUUGCUGGCGUGGCGCUGGAGCUCUCCCCUCUAGAUGAUGUCCCAGCCUUUGUUUUCCAGCACGGGACCGGCUGCAGCUGGUGUAUGCCUGUCUCUCCCUGUCGAUUUGGCGCUGUUUGUUCUCUUGGGGAGAGGAGAGGUUGCAUCUGGAUUGGGCAGAUGUACAACACGGAGUACUGUCACCCAGGACGAUUAUGCGGGGAGCCGAGACGGCAGACGGAAGUAGACACGGAGAGAAAGACCGAUGAUGAUAACGGAAGUGAGUGCAGUAGGUCGGUUUUGGAGCAGCAGACCAGUGAGACUAGUAUGGGGUUCAGCUACAACGGCCGUCAGUUGGGGGGAAGUUGGAAAGUUGGAAGUGCGGAAAGAGCAGAGCAGCAUACCAAGAAUGGAAGGUUACUUACGAUAGUAGUGUAGUCGUAGUUACUGUACUAUAGUUCAAAAUGUGGAUGUUGGGAAAUUCGUCAAGGGGAAGAGGAGAGAAGCGCCUGGG